AAUCAGUCUUACUUAAUACAUUGCCGCGAUCGGACGUGCUAAAAGUUGCUCCGAUCUCCGUCUUCAAUACUCGAGAGCAGACGAUCGUUCUAACCGGUCAAACAAUUAUUAUUUGCUAAACAGUAGAAAACAAAUUGCCAAGAUCAAUGGAAGGAUUGAGAUUGUUCAUCUGUGCACUUUGCGUAAACUUUGCCGUUGGACAGCUGAGACAAUGCGGAAGUCAGCAGAAGUGUGUGCAGUUUAAUGAAUGUGACGAAUUUAAGCAAUAUGUUGGAAUCCCCAGCAACCGAUGGCCUGACUCAAUUAAACAAGAGGUCAAAAACCGCCUUUGCAAUGUCAAACAGCAAGGGAACAGUAGAAUUUAUAGCAUCUGUUGUUCAGAAACCGGCCCACAGUCAGGAUUGGCAAUGCUAGACACGAAGAACUGCGGAAAAUCGAGUUCGGAACGGGUGGCGUUCGGUAAAAAUGCCCCCCUGUAUAGGUAUCCCUGGAUGGCAUUAUUACAAACAUACGAUGGUUCAUUCAGUUGUGGAGGAACACUCAUUACUAAGCGUUAUGUUCUUACGGCAGCCCAUUGUGGACGACCGGCAAUAAUUUCUGUACGCUUGGGUGAACACGAUCUAUCCAAAGUUCAAGACUGUAUUGUGCUUGGAGAUGAAAGAGACUGCGCGCCGGAUCCCCAGGACAUUGCGGUUGCCGAAUUUAUUAAACACAAACGAUACAGUCCAUCUAAGCGCAAAAAUGAUAUUGCAUUAAUCAGACUAGUUUCUCCCGCUCUGAUUAAUAAUAAUGUGAACACAAUUUGUCUUCCAAUCAGCAACUUUCGGAAUAAUCCAGAACCGGAAAAAAUGAUUAUUACUGGAUGGGGCUAUACCGAAAAAGAAAAUAGAACCUCUAAUGUACUGCAGUUCGUUAAUCUACCUAUCGUGUCCAACAGUGAAUGUGGUCCAACGUUAGCGCGACUGAGUGAUGCCAUUUCACUGGAUGAUGAUACUCAACUUUGUGCGGGCGGUACGGAAAGGAUGGACAAUUGCGCCGGUGAUUCAGGAGGACCACUGCAGUAUUACUCACGAACAGAGGCACGAGCUGUUCAGCAUGGAAUUGUUUCGUACGGACUCAACUCUUGUGGUGUUGAGAGUGUACCGGGAGUGUACACUAAAGUAUCAUAUUACAUUGAUUGGAUAUUACAAAACUUGACUUAGGUUCACUAGAAUAUGAGAGACAUUGGAAUGAAUUUUUUGAAACUUGACAAAAAAGCAAGUUGCAACAUUGAGAAAUUUCAGUGAGUGGAAAGCUGUAACUUUGUGUUGAAUGAGUACAAAAUGAACAGGUAACAGGUAAUGAAUUAGAGAGACUUUAAACUCUGAGAGUUCAUUCGUCUCUACACAAUGAAGAAAAUAUACAUCAUUCUAUAGCUACAA